CGAUUAUGCGGCCAACAGCAGCAGCACCUUCGCUGUCGCCACCAUCAGCAGCGAGCAGCAGCUAGCUAGUAGUACCGCCGCGGCCGACGAUAAGUGCUAAUCUAAAAAAAAAAAAAGUAUAAAAACUGGCUCGUUGUUGGUUACUUUUUUAUUAUUAUUAUUAUUAUUAUUAUAGCUUGUAGGAAACCGGCGUUAUAACGCUCCGUCGUCUUCGCUGUCAUUGGCGCGCGUCCAAUACCGAAUUUCGAUUGGAAAUAUCAUAUUUUAUUAUUAUUUACACUGUUCGGCGGUUCUAGUGAUCAUUGAUAAGUCAAACGAUAAAUUUUAAUAGGCAUUUCGCGUUAUUCCAUGUCCACGCCAACGCGUACCGUCAUAGCCAAAACGAUAUCAUAAUACUUUUGUCAACGUCGUGUUCGGCGCGUUAUCAAACGUGAAAAUAAUACUGUUCAAUCGGACGUUAAUGUCGCACGCGGCGUGACGCGGAGACUUGUGGACGACGCCACAGUGAAUAAGCACCAGCAGCACGGGUUCGGUACCGUCGUCGUCGUCGCCGCCACCGCCGCCGCCAACACGUCGUCCGAAUACGUCAAGGAAGUGCGGACGCCGGAUAAAGAAAUAGCCAGCAGCAGCAGCGGCAACCCCGACGUACGAGACGCAACCAUGUCGAACAACAGCCAAAAGUUGCCCACUACCGAGAGGGUGAUAAAAAGUGUGCCUUUUCCACCUGGCCGAAAGUUGACCACAGCUGAUGUAUGGGACCAGAGGACUAAUAAACCACGUCCGGAUAUAUUAAAACAACACUUCAUUCUAGAAGGUCGGAUAGACGAGGCGGCCGCGUUGCGCAUUGUCAAUGAAGGUGCCGCUCUACUGAAAUCCGAAAAGACCAUGAUCGACAUCGAAGCGCCAGUUACCGUUUGUGGCGAUAUUCACGGCCAGUUUUAUGACUUAAUGAAGCUUUUUGAAGUCGGCGGUCCUCCUGCAACCACAAAGUACCUAUUUCUGGGCGACUAUGUCGACAGAGGGUAUUUCAGCAUAGAGUGUGUUCUCUACUUAUGGGCUUUGAAGUUAUGUCAUCCCACUACAUUGUUUCUAUUAAGAGGAAACCACGAAUGUAGACAUCUAACCGAAUACUUUACAUUUAAACAAGAAUGUAAAAUAAAAUAUUCCGAGCGGGUGUAUGACGCUUGUAUGGAGGCAUUCGAUUGUCUGCCACUAGCUGCGCUCAUGAAUCAACAAUUCCUAUGUGUUCACGGUGGACUGUCGCCAGAAAUACAUAAUCUAGAUGAUAUUAGAAGGUUGGAUCGGUUCAAAGAGCCUCCAGCUUUUGGUCCCAUGUGUGAUCUUUUGUGGUCGGAUCCACUUGAAGAUUUUGGCAGCGAAAAAAACGCCGAACAUUUCAGUCACAAUAGUGUUAGGGGCUGUUCGUAUUUCUACAGUUAUGCGGCAUGCUGUGAUUUUCUACAGAGCAACAAUUUAUUAUCCAUCAUACGAGCACAUGAAGCUCAAGACGCAGGAUACCGAAUGUACAGAAAGAGUCAAACUACCGGGUUUCCAUCUCUUAUUACCAUAUUCUCCGCGCCCAACUACUUAGAUGUGUACAAUAAUAAAGCUGCCGUUUUAAAGUAUGAAAACAACGUAAUGAACAUCAGACAAUUCAAUUGUUCACCUCAUCCAUACUGGCUGCCAAACUUCAUGGAUGUUUUCACCUGGUCUCUACCGUUUGUAGGCGAAAAAGUUACCGAGAUGUUAGUGAAUCUAUUGAAUAUUUGUUCAGACGAUGAAUUAAUGACCGAAGGAGAAGAUACACUUGAAGACGCCAUUGUUGUUAAACCGAUAGUUCCGAAAAUGCCCGCCAAUUUAAGAAAAGAAGUGAUAAGAAACAAAAUCAGAGCAAUUGGAAAGAUGGCUAGAGUUUUUUCCGUUUUAAGGGAAGAGAGCGAGAGUGUGUUGCAACUGAAGGGACUGACACCGACCGGGGCUCUUCCUUUAGGAGCACUAUCUGGUGGCAAGACAUCACUUAAAAAUGCACUUCAAGGCUUCUCACCCAACCAUAAGAUCACAUCGUUUGCAGAAGCUAAAGGUUUGGAUGCCAUUAACGAACGGAUGCCGCCCCGCAAAGACACUCCACCAUCCAAUCAGUGUUCACCUUCGAAUGCUGCCUCUUUGUCAUCAUCGCCAAUACCAGAAGACAAAUCGCCAUCGGCAUCGUCCGUUCAGAAAUCUACAUCGUCUGAACAACCUUUGUCUAACACUCAUUCAUGAUUGCCAUCCGCCAUCUAAUUGGGUUUUCUGCACCAGCUGUACCUUAUCAUUAUAUUGAGUCCUUGUCUAUAACUUAUACGUUUAUGAUUUAUGUAAAAUUCUAAAAGAUUAGAUGACCUAUACCAGGGAAUUAUAUCUACUGUUAUUUUCUUAAAUAUAAUCUACAGUUAAUUUGAUUUCAUAUUAUCUAUUUUAAUGAAAUAAUAUAAUUUAGUUGCAUCAAUAAAAAAUUAAUUUUGUUUUUUUUUUUAAUUAAAAUUUUUUUUAAUCCAAAUUGUUUUGAUACCUUAAAAAGUAAAAGUUCCUGGGGAAUAUAUGCAGAGGGGAUGAUGAGGAUUUAUGUACAAAAUGUAUUCAAACCCUUCAAUUCUCCGUGACCCGCACCAUAUAUAUAUAUAUAUAUAUAUAUAUGUGUGUGAUUAUUAUUAUUUUUUUUUUUAAUGUAAAUUGUCUUUUAUGUUUACCAUUUAAAUUUACUGUUUUGUUGUUACUAUGAUUUGUUUUUUUUGAUGAUUAACAUUAAAUUCUGUUUUUAUAGUUUAUUACCUAAAUAUUCAGUAUCCACUGGACCCUUGAUUGUUCGUCGCUUGUAUUACCAAUAUCUAAAACAUAAUAUUUAUUGCUAAUUUGAUCUCUUCAUUUUACUGUACACUAAAUUCAUGUUCUGCAUUAUUGUAACAAUGCGUUAUAUAUUUAUAUUCUAUAUAGUACUACAAAACUGCGGUAAAAAUAAAUUCUCUUAUUAAACAAGUUUUAAUUAUAAUAACUAUUAAAACAAUUUAAUUAUUGUUAAUUGUUUUCCUGCAAUGUAAACCAUAAAGACAAAUAUGUUGUCACUGAACUGCUCUUUCACAUGUCUUUUAUAUGGUAUACAGUAAACUGAAUGCCCACGUUAGCUUUUUAUAUUAUGCUAAAUUUUUGCCUUUAUUUAUUUUGUCAACCUAAUAAAAAAUUUAACAUAAUUUUAUUUAGUAUAGGUGCAUCUUUAUAUGUAUGUAAUAAGAAUUAUAAUAAUAAUUUCUUUAUUUAACAUUAAUACUAUUUUGUAUAUAUAAUAUUUAAAAUCAUAUUUAAAAUAUAAUUUAUCUGAUAAUAUAACUUUUUUAUAUUUAGGUCCUACAAGUUAAUAUAUUUAUCUUAAUUUUUUUUCUUUAAAAUUCGAAAAAAUACUAAUUAUAUGAAAACAAACUUGUUAAUAAUACAUUACAUUUAAAUUAUUAGAGCAACUAGUUUUAAUUAAUAUCAAAACACAUUUUUACUGUUUGCCCGUUAUUCUAAAAUAAAAAAUACAAUUUCUCUUUUUUAAUUUCUGUUAUUAAAAUAAAACUUCUUUUGCUUUUCCAGGAUUGAUUAACGCUCAUUAAUUAAACUUUUUUUUCCACAUUGUUUAUUUCAAUUUAUUAUCAGAUUCAAAAUGUAGAGAUACUGACGCACGUGUUAUCUGCAGUUGUAAACUAAUAAAAUUUAGAAGAAAAAAAAUCAUGUCAAUCACAAUUUUUUUCCUAUCAAUGUAAUAUCACUAAUCUUAUAUUAUAAGACUGUUAAUUUAUUCUUAUCAAGACUAUGAAUAAAAAAUUUAAAUUUAUUAAUAUUUUAUUUAGCGGACUAUUAAAAAUAAAAUUAAACCUCCAUUCGAUAAUGUAUGUAACUUUUUCUAUUGUGUGACCACCAAAAGUUCUUUUAUACAUAUUUAAAUAAUU